CCAAUUAGGGGGUAUAAAAGCGUGUGUGCUCCGCGGGAGCCAACAAUAAUUCUAUCGCCUCCAAAAAUGCCGAUUUCCGAGCUCGAAAAGAAAUGGACCGGGCUAACUUUUGAAAUUGCCGCCGAGGAGAUGCGUCGGCUCAAGUCCGAGCCAACCGAUCGAGAGCGGCUGAAACUCUACGCAUUGUACAAACAGGCUCUCCAUGGGGACAUUCCAAAUGAGGAUGUGUAUCCAGUUCCCGCCGGUGACGAGGUCGGCAGGAAAAAAUAUGCCGCCUGGAAAUCGCAGAAAGGCGCGAAUUCGGAGAAAUGCCGCGCGGACUACGUGGCAAUCGCCGAGGAAAUGAUCAAAAAAUACGGGCGGAACAUUGUCCGUUGCAAGUGGAACAGUGAAGUUUGGUCUGUGGAUUAUUGAUUGAUUUUGAGUAUUUUUUUGUUUUUGAAUAAAAAUUCAAAUCUCUUC